AUGAAGAAACACUGGCAUUCUUUUGGUCAAGCUGUAUUAAAAGAUUUAAAUGUUGAAAUAGGUCUUAAAAUAUAUCAACAUAUAGGAGAAGUAGCCUAUGUUUGGGCAUUAGAAGAACUAAUUUAUGUUGAAGAAAAAAUUUUACUCUCAGCAUCAUUAUUACAGAUUACUGGAGAUUUUGAUAAAGCUGAAGAAUUAUUUUUGCAAAGUUCAAAUCCCAUAAAAGCAUUAGAUAUGAGAAGAGAUUUACUUCAUUGGGAAAAAGCUUUGGCAUUAGCAAGUAAACUAUCACCAAAUGAUGUUCCAGUAAUCUCAAAAGAAUAUGCUCAACAAUUAGAAUUUAUGGGAAAUUACAAAGAAGCAUUAAAAUAUUAUGAAAAAGGCUUAUUUGAUGAAAAUGAAAAUACAACAGAAGAGGAGUAUCAUCACAAUGAAAUAUGUAAUUGUGGUAUAGCUAGAACCAGUUUAAAGAUAGGAGAUUUUAAAAAGGGUAUUGCUUUAGCAUCUCAAAUUCCAAUAAGAUCGUUAAAAAAAGAAUGUGCAUUAAUAUUAGAACAACAAAAACAAUACUUUGAUGCUGCCAAUCUUUUUGAAUUAGGUAAUUUUUAUGAUCGGGCAGCUGCUGUAUCAUUAAAAACAAAAAAUUAUACAAAAGUUACAGAACUUUUAAAAAAUGUACGUUCACCUAAGAUUCAUUCACAAUUUGGUAAAGUAAUGGAAAAUGAAGGUAAAUAUAAAAGUGCAGUUGAAGCAUAUAUUAAUGGUAGUGAUUAUGAUAAUGCUGUAAGAAUUUACCUUGAUUAUCUUAAUGAUCCAGAAAGUGCUGUAAAAUUAGUUAAAGAAAGUAGAAGUAUUGAAGGAGCUAAAUUAGUUUCAAAAUUCUUUUGUUCUAUUAAUGAUAAAAAAUCAGCAAUUCAAUUUCUAGUUUUUUCACAAUGUUUUAAAGAAGCUUUUCAAUUAGCUGAAGAAGAAAAUUUAAUGGAUAUUUAUGAAGAUAUUUUAGAAAGUUAUGGAACAAGUGUUCAAUUUCUUCAGAUUGCUGAAUAUUAUCAAGAAAAAAAUAAUUGGACAAAAUGUGGUAAAUAUUAUUAUCUUGCUGGUAAUUAUUUACAAGCAUUAGAAUAUUUAUUACGUAAUGAUAAUAAAGAUGAUGCUUUAUAUAUAGCUAUAGAUUGUGUUGCAGCAAGUAAAAAUACAUCACUUCAGGAUAUAUUAUUGCAACAUUUAAUAGAUGACAAAAAUGGAAUUCCAAAAGACCCAAAAUUAAUAUUUAAAUUUUAUAUUUCAACAGCUAAAUAUAAAGAAGCAGCCAAAGUUGCUGUUAUUAUAUCUGAUAAUGAACAAUUUAAGGGGAAUUAUCGUGUUGCUAGAGAUCUUCUUUUUCAAAUGUCACAAGAAUUAUUCAAAAAAAAUAUUAGAUUACCAAAUACAAUAAAAUCAUCCUUAGUUUUAGUUCAUUCUUAUCUUCUUGUUAAACCUUUAAUGGCAUCAAAAAGACCAGAAAUUGCGAGUCGUUUGUUAAUAAGAAUUGUACAAAAUAUCUCAAAAUUUCCAUCUCAUAAAAUACAAAUAUUAACUUCUACUGUUGUUGUUUGUGCUCAAGCAAUGUUAUUUGAAACAGCAUACAAUGCAGCUGUAGAAUUAAUGAAACCAGAGAAUAGAAAAUUUAUUGCUGAAAAAUAUAAAAAAAAAAUUGAACAAGUUGCAAGGAAAAGAGAAAAUGCCUCAAAGGGUGAUGUUGUUGAAAAUUUUACAAACUGUCCAUUUUGUAAUGAACCCGUCAAAGAAUUUUCUUUAACUUGUUUCUCUUGCAAAAUGACACUACCAUUUUGUAUAAUUACUGGAAAACAUAUAGUUAAAGACGACUUAGCAAUUUGUAAUAAUUGUAAAUUUCCUGCUUUUGCUUCUGAAUUUAAAAAAUUAUCUGUUAAAAUAUGUCCAAUGUGUGGAGAAAAUGUUAGUAAUUAUGUGAUUAUUGACGAUCUACAAAAAUUAGAAUUUUAUACUCAAAAUGAAAACUAA